AUGGCGACACCAGGAAUGUCCGGCCAAAUUGCCGGUGAUGCCCGGAUAUUACCGGCCUUAUCGCCCCGCAUUUCGCAGACUCGCCGAGACUCCGCUUUUAAUUCGGACAUCGCCCGAACAACUCCUGACUUUGCCGGCAAACCCACGACAGCACUGAGCAAUAUGUCCGCCAAUAACAAGCGUCCGCGUGUUGAGUACAGCAAUGGACGUAGUGUCCACGAGGAGGAGUAUGGCGCUGAGCAGAGGGCUCGAAAGGCCUGCAUUAAUUGCCGGCGGCAAAAGAUGAAAUGCCUCAUUGAGGACAGUAGUGUUGAAUGUCGUCGCUGUCGCCGUUCAGGCCUGCCUUGUAUUUUUGUGCCUCGCGCCAAUGCUGCGACACUGCCGGAGCUUAAGAACGGCUCUAGAGAAGGUGGCUUCAGGACAGAUGUUCUACGUAGGCUGCAGAUUAUUGAAGAUGCUCUGGGUAUGUCUGAGACAUCAAAUGAGCGCCUGGAAUCUGUAGAUGCGGGUGAUAAUGAAGGGUUCGAUGAAGACGAAGAAACCUCGGAUGAUUUUAAUGGCUUGGGCGCACUUUGGGACGCAGCAGUAAUCCUCCAGAGUGCGCCGUGCUCUGUGCCGCGCACAAUAUGGCGACGGCGUACUGUCAGAGAUCUUUGGUUAUCCUUCCACGACCGCAUGCCAGGCCUCCACUUUAUGCCCCGCAGACAGACAUUUUCUGCACCACAACCUAUUCUCCUGGCGUCUAUAUUAUAUUGCUCGAGUAUGCGCGGCCCUCCGGAUAUGGCGGACAUAGCGCCGCACUACUUCACCGUUCUAUGCAACGCAAUCGCUCAAUUGUGCAUCCCUGGCAGUGCAAUCGGCCAGACGCCGGCAGACAGCGAAGAAUGGGCAUUUCAGACUGUCCUUGGAAUCGUGAUUGCCGGACUCCUCACAGAAGCCACCGUCCGUGAGACUGGGAUAUGGAUAUCAAUAGCAUACAGGCUGAUUCUUGAACACUGUCCAGCGCAUAUCGACGAGACUUCACGAGAAUGGCGUAAGCUUUUUAGCGGUGUGCAAAUAAUCGACCUUGAGCAUGCUUCUCUGCAUCUAUCCUGCCCUGUUAUACCGAUCGAGUCACCCCUUCCAGGUCUUCGAACUUCUCCUCGCGAUCAGCUCUAUAGAUUAUCUCGGAUGAUGCGCACCGGGCUGACGCAUUUCACCGGGCGAGGAUUGCCGACGAUUUGGUCUUGUUUCACCACAGAUCAACCGCCAGCUGCAGUAGCUUUGGCCAACAAUUUCACUGCUGUAGAUGCGGCUGUAAUCAGAGACUGGGCCAGGCAAUUAGACGAAUGGCUCGUUGACUUCAGCCAGGGCCUCGAAGGCACAGAUCAGGAUCUGAAAGUGGUGUUUCGCCAAUAUGUUCUCCAUCGACUGGUGGUUUUGUCUAUAUAUCACCCGGGUAGAGGUUGUGAUCUGUGGUCUAAUAGUAUUACGCCGAAGGAACAAUAUGAACUGCUUCUCUCAGCUCGUGCGACGCUCAAGUUGCAUUCGCAUGAUGACUCUAUAUGGUCCAAUUGGGACUUGAUCAUGAUCACUUGGGCGGCGCUCAUUGUUGUUCAGGGUAUCGAAGGGGGAGCUGGUGAUCCUGAAGAACUCAGUCUCACCAACGUUCACACACCUGCUUCGGCGGAUUUUCGUCAGCAGCAACAAAACGGCUAUGAUGAUCUCACAAUGGCCGCCCCCAUGGAUCUGUCAUGGCAGAUAUUUGACCGGUCUAGCCUUCAGCAGAUGAUGUACACAGACUGGCCAGCGCCCAGUGUUGGGGAUGAAGAAGCGGGCCUAGGUUAA